GAGAAUGUGAUUUUGAAUAACAGACUGGGACUUGGUCUAAGUUGCAUCAAGAGAGACUUUCAAAGAAAAAUAAAACCCAGGUUUGAAUGUUGUUCUGUGUCGGAUCUGCUGCCUUGAGGGGAGAUAAUAUAGUCAGUUUCUCUGUUCCUGCUCUGGCUUCCUCCCUGUCAUCUCAUCAUGGUGGACCUGUUUGUUGAUCGGGUGCUUGUGAAGAACAACAAGGAUCAGGAUGAGUUGGACACAGAGCGUGAGAUCGUCAUGCGCCUGCAAAACCGAAUCCUGAUGCUCUUCUUUGCCUCUGCUGAGUCUGAGACCUGCCAACAGUUUGCCCCCACGCUCCAUGACUUCUUCAAACAGCUGACUGAUGAGUUCUACGUGGAGCGCGCCGCUCAGCUGGUUCUUCUCUACAUCAGUCUGGAUCAAACAGAGGAACAGCUUGAAAACUUCCUAAAGGAGCUCCCAAAGAAGUCGCUGUUCCUCGCUUAUGAGGAUCCAUACAGGAGGGAGCUGGAGGCCAUGUUUAAUGUGAAGGAGGUGCCCACAGUGGUGGUCCUGCGUCCCGACUGCUCCAUCCUGACCCCCAACGCAGUGGAGGAGAUCACCCAGAUGGGUCCAGACUGCUACCGCAACUGGCACGAGGCAGCCGAGCUCAUCGAAAGAAACUUCCUCUCAAAGGAGGACUUUGAGGACAAGUCCAUGCGCAGCUUUAGCGACCCUGUCAGAAGACUCAAGUACAAGGUGGAGGAUGAGAAGAAAAAGGAGAAAAAGAAGAAGAAGAAGAAAAACAGAGGUUGGGGUGGAGGAGGUGAUGACGGGGAUGAAGCUGAGGCCGGAGGAGGAGGAGGAAGAGAUGAUAAGGAUGGAGGAGGGUCCAUGUGGUGA